AUGCGACCAACAACACUCCAAUCACUCUCAGUAUUACUUCUGAUAACAAUUGUACUCUACAUUAUUAAUUGCAUUACUAUCAAGGCAAAGGCAAAUAAUAAUUCAAUUAUUUUGGAUGAAGGAAAAUUUGUAAAAUUACUAAGACAUGGUCAAGCCUAUCAUAAUUUAUUAGGUGAUGCAAAUAUUAGAGAUCCAACACUUACUCCGAAAGGAAUUGAACAAUCACGUCAAGUUAAUUCUUUAUUUGUGGAAGUGAAUGAUCAAUUAAAUACUCAUUACAAUAAUAUUAAAGAAUUGGAAUUUAGAAAGUAUUUAAUUAUUGUAUCACCAUUAAAGAGAACUAUUGAAACUGCUAUUUAUGCUUUAUCUGCUCAAUUUAUAAAAAUUGAUGGAAAAUGUAAUACAUUGAAAGAUUGUAUUAAAGUAUUACAAAAAUAUAAUAUUAAAUUAUUAUUACAACCUUUAAUACAAGAAAGAGAAGCAGGUAAAUUACCAUGUGAUACAGGUGUUGAAUUGAAACAAUUGGACGAAGAAUUUUAUCAACAUGAAUUUAAUAUUUUAAAUACUACUUUUAUGGAAAGUAAAUGGUAUGAACCAAAAAUGGAAAUUAGAGAAAGAAUGGAAAAAUUUAAAUAUUGGCUUGAUUCAUUGAAUGAUAGUAAUAAUAUUAUUAUAUUUACUCAUCAUGGAUUUUUAAUGGAAUUGACAAAUGGAAUGGAAUUUGAAAAUUGUGAAAUGAAAAAAUUUGUAUUUAAAGAAAUGAAAUUAAUUCCAACAAUGUAA